AUGUAUGACCCCACACUGCCGCCUCCCGAAGUCCCAGUUCUCCUUCUCGGCGAUGAAGAGGUGGGAAAGUCGACAUUCUUAUCUCGCCUCUCUUUGGGUAUUCGCCCUGAAACCGACGAUCUACCUCCCUAUGCUCUCCCCGUCCUCCGUGAUUCCGACCAGCCGUUCACUUUCAAUAUCUCUCUUUACGCACGCCCGUACACGUUCUCCUUCUACGAUACCGCCUCUCCAACAUCAUACACACUCUUACGGCCCUCUUUCAUAAUACUUUGUUUCGACGUCUCGCGUCGAAGCACUCUAGAUGCAUUGCGCACGCGUUGGCUUCCUGUAGUCAACAGCCAUUUCAACUAUGAUGAGGCAUUGCCAGUCAUGGUACUCGGGUUGAAGCGAGACGCGCGCCGCGAGUGGACGGAAGAUGAGAAGAAAAGGGAUGAAGAAUUGAACGGAAAACCGGAAGGGAAAGGACGGGGAGAAAGCGUCAUGCCGCAAGAAGGGAUGGGCCUCGCGACUGAGAUGCUAUGCGAUCGAUACGCAGAGUGCAGUGCACUGACUGGCGAACUUUGUCGGGAGGUGUUGGAAGACAUAGCACGAACAGCAGCGAAGACGACAACAGACAAAGGCGGUAAAAGCGAUGGGCCACCAUGUACGAUCAUACACACCCCAAGCGUCCCAAUGGCUUCGUCCGGACUCGUUUCAUCUUUUGUGGCCGCCAUACAAGCCUCCCUUUCUGUUCUUCUAGUGAUCUCCUAUGGCGGAGUGGCAGCUCACCUCGGGUUGCUUGAUAGCAAGAACGGCAAGGCAAUCUCCAAGAUUUGCGUUAAGAUGUUCCUACCUGCCCUUUUGCUGGUGAAAUUGGGAUCAGAAAUGCAUCCUGGCUCCGCGCACCGCUAUCUGAUCGUCGUCAUAUGGGCUUUCGUUGCACAUAUUGUGUCAUUUCUUGUGGGAAUCUCGGCACAUUAUUUCAUGGGCAUGCCUGAUUGGAUUACCUGUGCUAUCAUGUUCAACAAUACGACCUCAUACCCGUUGUUGCUUAUUCAAAGCUUAGACGAGACUGGCAUCUUGAAGGUGCUGAUGGUGGAUGGUGAGAGCACGCGUGAUCUCAUUGAGAGAGCAAAGAGCUACUUCUUGGUGUUCUCGACGAUCAGCAGCUGCUUGACAUUUGCGGUGGGCCCCAGGUUGAUAGACACGGAGCAUUCUCCCGACAGCGACGACGACGACACUCUGGCGGGAAGUAGAUCAUUAGACGACCAGCUGGAAACACGAUCUGACCUAGAAUAUGGCGCGGACGAAGAUGUCCACGGAGAGCCAAAUGAGCGAACUCGUCUUUUGUCGCAGCCAGAAAGUAGUCACGGCUCCCAACUUGUUGGUCAUGAAAGACAUCGCAGUGUCGCCGCCAUAACUUUCUUCCCUUCCAAGCCAAAGUUUGCCACAGUAAAAAGGCGUCCUCGAUACAUACCACGUCUGAAAUGGAGUUCACUCAGUGCACGCGCACAAUGGUGGGCACUGUUCUUUUACGACUUUCUAAACGCACCAUUGAUCGGAGCUGCCCUCGGCGCCAUUAUCGGCCUGGCGCCGCCUCUGCACAAGGCAUUCUUUGCAAGCACAUACCGAGGCGGUAUCUUUACGGCAUGGUUAACGGAAAGCUGGAAGAAUGUGGGCCAACUAUUCGUACCUCUUCCACUGAUAGUUGCUGGGAUAUCGCUUUACACUUCAUACAUGGAAUCACGCAAACCGUCUCCUCCCUUAGGACAACAGGCACGCGUUCCCUUGAUUACCACCGCCUUUAUCCUCGUCAUGCGAUUCGUUAUAUGGCCUGUAUUAUCAAUUGCCGUCAUAUACACAAUUGCCAAAGGGGGGAAGGAUGGUUGGCUAGGUGAUGACCCAGUUCUUUGGUUCACAAUGAUGCUUAUGCCUACGGGGCCUCCGGCCAUGAAGUUGAUUACUAUGAUCCAGGUUAGCGAUGCUGGCGUGGAGGACGAGCAGAAGAUUGCCAAGAUUUUGACCGUCAGCUAUGUUGUUUCCCCAAUCCUGUCAUUGACAGUCGUCGGCGCUCUGAGAGCGAGCCAGGGCCUAUUGUGA